GCGCGGGAGUCCGAGCGCUCUCCUACUACCAGAGAACUGUCAACGCCACGUCAACUUCCGCCAUUAGCCUGCCUCCUCUCCUCCUUCCUUCUUUCCCUGCAAGUCGUGCUUCUUCCUUCUUUCCCUGCAAGUCGAGAGAGAGCACAGCUCCUCUGCUUCUCUCUUCUGUUCUUACCUUCCAAUUUGAGAGAGAUGGGAAACAAUCAGUGCCGAUCGACGGGGUACGUUCAGGAAUCGGGGUCUUCGGACGGAGAGAAGUCGCGUCGCCGGCAUAUAUCUGGCCUAUAUAGGAGGCUGAAAAACCGCCUCGGCCGCCACGGCCAUGGAGACGAGGAGGCCCCUCCUUCCUCCCAACACGCGAAACUCACCGUUGAUGAUCUCUUUGGCAUCGCCUGCAUCGAGAUAAGAGAGGCGGACAUGGGGUUUGAGGACAAGUGGUUUGCGUGCCUCUCUGUUGGCGAACAAACUUUUCGGACGGUGAACUCUGAACAGACGGCUCGGCCGGUUUGGAAUUCUGUGAAGAAAAUUGCACUGGAAAAGCAUGGUGCUCAUAUAGCUCGAGUCUCAGUGUUUGAGACAAACAGACUUUCCAGAAAUAAUCUUAUUGGUUAUUGUGAGUUUGACCUUCUAGAUGUUUUCAAUCGUAAUUCUUAUCAUGAGUUUGAAGUAGUUGAUUUGGUUGAUCCAUCCUGUCCCACAAAAGUUGUCGGUACUGUCUCCCUUUCAUAUGAUAUCGAGAAUCCAUCUGUGACGGAGAAGAGCUUUGUAAAGCGCCUGUUGGCUGUAGGGGACGUUAAUGAAGAUGGCCAACUAUCUUUUGACGAGUUCUCUGACUUGGUGAAGGCAUUUGGAAAUGAAGUGGCCAACAAAAAGAUAAAGGAGCUUUUCAGUAAAGUGGAUCGUAAUGGUGAUGGUGUCGUCAGCAUCGAUGAACUGACAGAUCUUCUGGCUAGUGAACAGGAAAUGGAUUCACUUAUAAAUUGCUGCCCUGUUUGUGGUGAGAGUCUGGGAGCUCGUGACAGGCUAAGUGAUAUUGUUCACUUGACAUUGUGUUUCAAUGAGGGAACCGGAGAUGAGGUUAUGACUGGCGGUUUUCUUACUGAUAAACAGGCUUCGUAUGGGUGGAUGUUUAAAUUAAGUGAAUGGGCUCACUUUUCAUCGUACGAUGUUGGCCUGAAAUCUGGAUCUAGUGCUUCACACAUUUUGGUUUUUGACCGGAGGACAAAAAGACUCGUUGAGGAACUCAUUGACGGCAAAAUUAUACUGUCUAUGCGUGCUAUUUAUCAAUCAAAAGUAGGGCUCACUCUUGUUAAUCUAGGAGUAAAAGAUCUCUUGCAAAAUAUGUCUGAGAAGCAAGGAAGAAAGAUGGAUUCUCCUGAAUCUGCCAAAGACAUACCUAAAUUUGUUGAGUUCUUCAAGGAUCAAAUCAACUUGGAUGAAAUUAAAUACAGUAUUGAUCACUUUAAGACUUUCAAUGAGUUCUUCAUUCGUGAGUUGAAGCCUGGUGCUCGUCAAAUCGCAGAGAAAGAUAAUGAUAGAAUAGCUGUUUGUGCUGCUGAUUCUCGUCUGAUGGCAUUCAAGUCAAUUGAUGACAGCCUAAGAUUAUGGAUCAAGGGCCGUAAGUUCUCCAUCAAAGGCCUUUUGGGCACUGAUGUAUGCUAUGAUAUUUUUGAUAAGGGUUCUCUUGUGAUAUUCAGGUUGGCGCCACAGGAUUACCAUCACUUCCACAUGCCAGUGUCUGGAAACGUUGAGCAGUUCGUUGAAAUUCCAGGAUACUUGUAUACAGUCAACCCCAUAGCAGUUAACAGCAAAUACUGCAACGUCUUUACAGAAAACAAGAGAGUGGUGUCAAUAAUUUCAACAUUAUGUUUUGGAAAGGUGGCAUUUGUUGCCAUUGGAGCCACGAUGGUUGGCAGCAUUCAUUUUUCAAAGAAGAAGGGAGAAUACGUCAGGAAAGGGGAAGAGUUUGGGUAUUUCAGUUUUGGUGGAAGCACUGUUAUUUGCGUUUUUGAGAAGGGUAAGAUUGACAUAGAGGAGGACCUACUCGCAAACAGUGCAAGGUCACUCGAGACUCUAGUUUCCAUGGGAACAAUUCUGGGGAAAGCCAGCAAAAAUUCAUGUACCACAUUCUGAAGACAGCAUCUUAGAAGCCUAAAUAGUUUCUUAAUCACUGAUUUGAAACAUUUCAUGCCGCUGUCUCCCUUUUUUCUAUUUCCUGGCCACUUUCACUGGUUAAUCGUUGUUGUACAUUUUACAUUUUGUCUCAUCAUUGUAUGAUUAUUAUUGUUGUUGCUUUUGCAUUA